GAAAAAAUUCUCAUUCCCUAUCAACGAUGUAAUCUUGGCAAAAGAAUUCAUAGCAGCAAUACAAAACAAAUACCAGUUACUCCCUAAGACUUACAUAUUAGUUAACCCUACAGACAAACCGGAACUUCCUCAGAAUGCAGACAAGGUGAAAUUAGUCAAUCUGACUACACCAGUAACAAGCCCAAGAGUCCUUGUAGAAACUGCUCACUUACUAAAAGAACACUAUUUUUUUAAACAAAUCCCAGCAAACUAG